AUGCUGUUAGGAGGGGUUAUAUUCUUAAAAAACCUUGCCAACCAAAAAACUCAUGACUUCCCUACAAGACAAGUGUCUGGUUUGCGUCGCUUUAGUGUUCAUUGGUUCAACAAAUGGGAUUGGCUUGAAUAUAGUAUUGAAAAAGAUGCUGCAUUUUGUUUUGUAUGUUACUUGUUCAAGAAUGAAGUUGGUAUUAAACCGGGGGGUGAUGCAUUUGUUGAUGGAGGGUUUAGGGCAUGGAAUAAACCGAAAAGAUUUGAGAAGCAUGUUGGUGGAAUUAAAAGUGCUCAUAAUCUUGCUUAUGAGAAAUAUGUGAAUUUAAGAGAUGAAAAAAAGAAAUCAAUCUUGAAUGUGAUUGACAAUGCAAGUGAUGUGAUUAAAAGUGAAUAUUUUAUCCGCUUGAAAGCAUCUUUAUCUUGUUUAAGAUUUCUUUUGGGGCAAGGUUUGGCAUUUCGUGGACAUGAUGAAAGUGGGGAGUCAUAUAAUAGGGGUAAUUUCCUUGAGCUUUUGAAGUGGUUAGGAGAAAAGGUUGAGGAAGUAAGGAUACAUACUCUUGAAAAUGCACCUAAAAAUUGUCAAAUGACUUCCCCUCCUAUUCAAAAGGACAUUAUUAAUUGUUGUGCCAAAGAAACAACUAGGUGCAUAAUAGAAGAAGUUGGUGAUGAUUAUUUUGCUAUAUUGGCCGAUGAGUCAAGUGAUGUGUCCCAAAAAGAACAACUAGCUCUUGUUUUGCGUUUUGUUGAUAGAGAUAGUGGAAAGGUAAUGGAGCGAUUUUUAGGCAUUGUUCAUGUUGCUAAUACUACCGCUUUAACUCUUAAAGAUGCAAUCAUGUCUUUACUUGUUGAACAUUCAUUGAGCCCAUCUAUGAUAAGAGGGCAAGGGUAUGAUGGAGCUAGCAACAUGAAGGGUGAAAUAAAUGGCCUUAAGACUUUGAUUAUGAAUGAUACUCCAAGUGCCUACUAUAUACAUUGUUUUGCUCAUCAACUUCAACUAACAUUAGUUGCCGUUGCUAAAAAGAAUGAUAGUUGUGGUUGGCUUUUCGAGAUACUUGGAAAUUUGUUGAAUGUGGUUGGAGUUUCUUGCAAGAGAAGAGAAAUGAUUCGUCAAGAUCAAGCUCAAGAAGUUGCUCGAGCCUUGGAUGUUGGGGAUAUUGUGAGUGGAUCGGGUUUAAAUCAAGAACUUGGUUUGAGUAGGCCCGGGGAUACUCGUUGGAGUUCUCAUUACAAGUCACUUUUAAAUGUCAUCCUCUUAUUUCCUACAAUUAUUAAGGUGCUUGUACAAAUUGGGAAGCAUGGUGCAUCGGAAGAUAAGUUCAAAGCUCAAAUUGUUUUAGGACAAUUAGAGUCAUUUGACUUUAUUUUUGUUGCUCACUUGAUGUUGACUAUUUUUGGAUACACUAAUGAUUUGUGUGUUGCUUUGCAAAGAAAGGAGCAAGAUAUUGUAAAUGCCAUGGAACUUGUCACUUAUACAAAAACGGUGUUGCAAAAAAUGAGGGAGCGAGGAUGGGAUACUCUCUUAAACAAGGUAACUUCAUUUUGCACUAAACAUGGUGUUGUUAUUCCCACUAUGGAUUCUCUUUAUGUUCCUCAUGGAAGAUCAAGACGUUUUGUUGAAGAAGCAACAAAUGAACAUCAUUUUCGGGUUGGAAUUUUCUUAAGACUAAUUGAUUUGCAUCUUCAAGAACUUGAUGAACGAUUUAAUGAGAGGAAUAUGGAGUUACUAUUAUGUAUGGCUUGUUUAAGUCCUAAAGAUAACUUCUCAUCCUUUGAUAAAGAUAAGGUACUUAAACUUGCCUCUUUUUAUCCCGAAGAAUUUUCAAGCUUUGAUUUGAUGGCUCUUGAAUAUCAACUUGAUGUAUUCAUGGAGAAUAUGCUAAAUGAUGAAAGAUUUCAAGGUUUAAAUGACCUUAAUUCUCUUUCUAUGAUGCUUGUUAAAACCAAUAAGCAUAAGACUUUUCCUCUUAUUCAUUUGCUUAUCAAGUUGAUGUUGAUUCUUCCCGUUGCCACGGCAAGUGUUGAAAGAGUGUUUUCUGCAAUGACAUGUGUCAAAAACAAGUUGCGAAAUAGCAUGGGUGAUCAACUUAUGAAUGAUUGUUUGGUCACUUUUAUUGAGAAGGAUGUCUUCUUACGAGUUUCCGACGAAAAGAUUAUUGAUCGAUUUCAAAGUAUGAAGACUCGAAGAAUGAACUUGUAA